AGCAUCAGGUCUUCAGGUCUAGAAAGCCACGCCAGUUUCAUAAGAGGAACAUCUCUGAUUGGGGUGGGGCUCAAGUUUCGACGGUUCCUGUGGGGUGCUUGGCUUCGUGGCCUGUGGUUUUGGACCUGAUGGACGUCUACAAAAGCCCAGUGGGGCGGAGACCUACAACCUAGGAUCAUCCUUCUGUGGCUUUAUCAGCUGGGAGUCAACCAAUCAAUCAGGAAGACAUUUCCAUUUUGUGCUCCGGGAUUGGAGUGAACUGUCACCAGCCAGUCAUCCAUGCGUUGUUUUCAGAGUUGAGAGACGAGAACAAUCCGAAUUAGAACAUGGAGGAUUCAGAGUCGUACAAAACUGUCUUUUCACUGGGGCCGUUCAAGAUCCGGAAGCAACAGAAUGAACCCCCAAUGGAGCAAGCUAAAGCGGCGCCCCAAAUCCCUGCAGAUAUCAUAGCUGCUCCUCAGAUGGAGGAAGAUGGCUCGGCCCCACCGGAUUAUGAGACCACCAUUGAUGCCUGCCCGCGGUAUGAAUUCUAUGCCAACUCAGCACCACCUGGGCGUCGGAAAGUCCGGCCGUCACUGGACAUGCUCAGAAAUGCAGAACCGACAUCUCAUGAUUCCAGUACCAAGGAUGGGGAAGACAAAGAUGUGGAAGCUGACGAAGAACCAGAAAUAGAACCUGUUCGUUUUGGUUGGGUGACCGGAGUCAUGAUUCGGUGCAUGUUGAACAUUUGGGGCGUGAUCCUUUACCUCCGUUUGCCAUGGAUAACUGCUCAGGCUGGGAUUGGGUUAACUUGGUUGAUCAUUUUAAUGUCCUCCGUCGUGACCAGCAUCACUGGGCUCUCCAUUUCAGCCAUCUCCACCAAUGGCAAAGUCAAAGCGGGAGGCACCUACUUCCUCAUCUCCCGCAGCUUGGGACCAGAACUUGGUGGCUCCAUCGGUCUUCUCUUCUCCUUUGCCAACGCUGUCGCAGUGGCUAUGCAUGUGGUGGGAUUCUCAGAAACAGUCAAGGAUCUUCUAGUGGAGACUGAUUCAAUCAUGACUGACCCAGUGAAUGACAUCCGUAUUGUGGGUGUGAUCACCGUCACGGGUUUGAUGGGCAUUGCUUUGGCAGGCAUGGAAUGGGAGGCGAAGGCUCAGGUUGUGUUCUUCUUUGUCAUCAUGGUCUCUUUCGUCAACUACUUCGUUGGGACACUGAUCCCAGCCUCGCCGGAGCGGAUGGCCAAAGGCUACUUCAGCUAUCGUGGUGACAUUUUUCUGGAGAACAUUGGGCCCGAGUGGAGAGGCGAAUCUGGAAGCUUCUUUGGCAUGUUCUCCAUUUUCUUCCCAUCAGCCACAGGGAUCUUAGCUGGUGCCAACAUCUCAGGAGAUCUAAAGGACCCAGCAGUGGCCAUCCCCCAAGGGACUCUAAUGGCCAUCUUCCUAACCACAUUGACAUACCUGGCUAUUGCUGCCACCAUUGGUUCCUGUGUGAUCCGCGAUGCCACCGGCAGCAUAAACGACACUCUGGGAGCCGGCAAUUUCACCGGUGGGGAUUGCGUCGGCUUGGGCUGUAACUACGGGUGGAACUUCACCGAGUGCACCUUGUCUGGAACUUGCGAAUAUGGGUUGGCCAAUGAUUACCAGACCAUGAGCAUGGUGUCAGCAUUCAGCCCUCUCAUCACAGCUGGGAUUUUUGCUGCCACUCUCUCUUCUGCCUUGGCCUGCCUCGUCUCUGCUCCCAAAGUCUUCCAGUGUCUCUGCCAGGACAACCUCUAUCCUCUCAUCGGCUUCUUCGCCAAGGGAUACGGAAAGAACCAGGAGCCCUUGAGAGCCUACGCUUUGACUUUCAUCCUGGCAGUUGCCUUCAUCCUCAUUGCUGAGCUGAACACCAUUGCACCCAUCAUCUCCAAUUUCUUUUUGUGCUCUUACGCCCUGAUCAAUUUCAGCUGCUUCCAUGCCACCAUCACCAAGUCCCCAGGCUGGCGGCCUUCUUUCCGGUACUUCAGCAAGUGGACAGCCCUCUUCGGAGCUAUCAUCUCUGUGGUCAUCAUGUUCCUGCUGGCCUGGUGGUCGGCCCUCAUCGUCGUUGGAAUAAUCUUCGUCAGCUUGGCAUAUGUCACUUACAAGAAACCUGAGGUGAACUGGGGAUCCUCGGUGCAAGCUGGUUCCUACCAAAUGGCCCUUUCGCAUGCAAUGAGCCUGAGUGAUGUGGAAGACCAUGUCAAGAACUUCCGACCUCAAUGCCUGGUGCUCUCAGGUCCGCCCAACUUCCGCCCAGCCUUAGUGGACUUUGUUGCCGCCUUCACCAAAACUGUGAGCCUCAUGAUAUGCGGGAAUGUAGCAGAGCCACACGAUUUCUCAUGUGCCGAAAACUACAAUGAACAACUCCGGUGGCUUAAUGCGCGCAAGAUCCGCUCAUUCUACAACUUUAUUACCACUGAGAACUUAAGAGCUGGAGCCACGAGCCUCAUGCAGGUCUCUGGUCUGGGACGCCUCAAACCCAACACGGUAGUCUUGGGUUACAAACACAACUGGCAAACUGACUCUCCCCAAAACAUGGAGAAUUAUGUGGGCAUAAUCCAUGAUUGUUUUGAUUUGAGUGUUGGAGUCUGUGUGCUUCGGAUGCGUGACGGAUUGGACGUUUCCCGGACGGUGAAGGCCCAAGUGAACAUGGGCUUUGACGAUACAGAAGGAGCCAUUGGACGGGAGAGGCAGAGACGUGAAACUUUCAAAAUGGUUGGUGCUGAUACACACUUGGAGACAUAUUUCCAGGGCAACCAGAAGAAGAAAAACAUUGACAUAUAUUGGCUCUUCGAUGAUGGUGGGCUGACCCUUCUCAUUCCUUACCUCCUCACUCGUCGAAAACGCUGGAGCCGCUGCAAAGUCCGAGUCUUCCUCAGCAGCCAGAUCACCAAUGCUGAAGAGCACAGAGAAGAGAUUCAGUCUUUGCUGAACAAAUUCCGUUUGGGCUUUAAUGAGGUUGUGGUGCUGCCUGAAAUCAUGUGGAGGCCAGAAGAGACGAGUCGCAAAGAAUUUGAGGACCUGAUUGCCCCGUAUCGACUCAAUGAGGGCCAGAAAGGUGUGGAUACGGUGGAAGAGAUGAAGAUGGAAGCACCAUGGAAGGUCACAGAUGAAGAUCUCAGAAUCUACAAGAAAAAGUCCGAACAGCACAUGCGUCUCCAUGAGAUUCUGCAGGACCAUUCUCGAAAUGCAGCCCUCAUUGUCAUGAGCCUUCCUGUGGUGCGGAAAGGGGCCUGUCCAAGCGCCCUGUACAUGGCUUGGCUUGAGACUGUCUCCAAGGGGCUGCAUCCACCCGUCGCCUUCAUCCGAGGGAACCAGGAAGACGCUCUCACCUUCUACUGCCAGUAAGAAGCAGCAAGACCUCCAAGAAGUACAAUGCAAGAGACUACAUGGAACAUCACUCCUAAGGACAGCCUAGCAGGCUCCUGUG